AUGAGGCUCCAGCUACCCCUGGGGAUCAGGGUGAAACAAAUUAGAGAGGGAUUAGAUUGGCUUCUCAUGAAUAGAAAUAUCAGCACCCAGCCUGAUGAAAUAGCAUUGCCCGAAGUUGAGUCGUCAACGAAUGUUAAUUCACCUUCAGGGCUGGUUCUCACAGAGACAGAAUUUAUGCAAGACCGUCCCGAGGCCUUCUACGUCCACUGCUUCUCUGUGGGUUAUUUUGUGUACGACUUCUUCGAUAUGUAUUUGGCCACUGAGAAUAUAGGCUCCUGGGAUAUGUAUCUACAUCACGUGGUGAUCACCUUCUUCGUGACGUACGCGUACUUUGAAUGCGGCUGUAGCGGUUACGGGGCCUGGAACUACCUGUGCGAACUGUCCAACGUGGCCCUCCACGGCCGUAAGCUGGUCACCAUGCUAGGCCACAGCAAGAAGUCCAGCCUCUAUAAGGGGAUGAAUCAUUUCUAUUUCUUCACCUUCUUCGUCUUCCGUUUCGGACCACAAGUUUUGGGCCUCCUCAAGUAUCUCAGCGAGGUCAUCGCUCUCCGGGUCUCCCUGCUCUGUGCUUUCCUCUGCAUCCCUAACCAAGUGUUUCUAGUCUGGAUAGGCGUGGACAUCGCCUACAGGAUCACCUUGAGAGAGUUCUUCCCGAAGGAGAAAAAAGAAGAUGGCGGAAAGUUGACGCGAAAUGGCGGCGGUGGUGGGAUCAGCGGGGCGAAGACAUUGAAGACAGGGUAGUAAUCUGGAGUUCAUGUACUGAGAGUUUGAUAGAGAUAUACUGCGUGAUCUAAGGCGUAUAUAAGAACAAAAAGCACACAUGUACGUUUUCCUUCAGUUUAUUAAUUUAAUUAAUUAUCAUAUUUAUUAAUAUUUAUGAUAAUAUGCCAGUAUGUGUAUCGUUUAUGUAUGCUGUGAAUAUGCAUUACUAUUUUCUUGUACCCCUACAUAAGAUAGUCCAAUCUACUAGGAUUUCACUAUUUCUUCCAGUAUCUACCAGUAUCUUGCAUUGUUUUAAAAGGAAAGAAAAAGAAGUUUAUAAAUUAACUCAGUGAAAACAUAAGGAAAGUUGACCGCAAAUAGCCUGACAUUCAUUUAAAGCUUUAAAACCAGUUUAACUGAGAAGUUGACUGUUAGAGAUUAUUAUUGAGAUUUCUUGUAGAUAGAUUUAAAGUUCAGUGGAGAGGAAUGCUUAUUGGGACAUUGAGAUGGAAAUUGCAAAGACUGAAAAAAAGACUGCAAUCUGAAUAUGGUCCUUUUGCGUUUCAAGAUUUAAGUCUUAGUAGGUAAUUGUUGCAGAUAAUUAAAAGAAUUGCAGUUGUAAUUUGUGUUUAAGGAAAAAAUCUAAAGGAAAGAGAUGCAGUGUUUGCACGUAACGUUGUCAACUCUCUAUUUACUGAUGGGCGCAUAUGCUAGGAGUUGGAAGUGAAGUGAGUAAAUGGUAAACACGCGUUUUGUAGUUCGUGCGUCGUGCAUUGUUGUAAUAAUCAGAAUAGUCUGGUAUAAUAUUUAAAUCAGUGUAGUUUCGUGUAACAACUAUGCAGUAAAUGGCAAGACUACAGUGGUUCUAUGGUUUUUACCUGUAUAUACAUCCAGUUUCUUUUCACAGGAGACAAACAUAGCUGCUUGAUAAAUAAUUUGUUCCAAAGUAAGUAAAGUAGUAAAUAAGUAAAACAUAAGUAAAUAUUAUAAUUAUGAAAAUCAUUAUCUUAUUCUUACCCCUGCAAAGAUUAUAACACAA